AUGGCUAUAAUCAAAAGAGGUGCCAGAAACAAAGCAGCGGCUGAGCCAGCCAAGAGAUCUGGUCAGAUCAAAAAGGCCACUUUCGAAUCAGGUAAGAAAAAGGAAGUGGGUGUUUCGGACCUGACACUGCUUUCGAAGAUAUCGGACGAGUCCAUAAAUGAAAACCUGAAAAAGAGGUUUCAGAAUGGUACCAUUUACACCUAUAUUGGCCACGUUUUGAUCAGUGUCAACCCUUUCCGCGACUUGGGCAUUUACACGGACAGCGUACUUCACAGCUAUAUGGGCAAAAAUAGACUGGAAGUGCCGCCACAUGUAUUUGGUAUUGCCGAGUCUAUGUACUACAAUCUGAAAGCGUACAAUGAAAAUCAAUGCGUUAUCAUCUCUGGAGAGUCUGGAGCAGGGAAAACUGAAGCAGCGAAAAGAAUCAUGCAAUACAUCGCUGCAGCGUCUGAAACCCACUCCGAGUCCAUUGGUAAAAUUAAAGACAUGGUGCUAGCGACUAACCCAUUGCUGGAGUCGUUUGGCUGUGCGAAAACCCUGCGUAACAACAACUCCUCGAGACAUGGGAAAUACCUGGAGAUCAGAUUCAAUGCCCAGUUCGAACCCUGUGCUGGUAACAUUACAAACUAUCUAUUGGAAAAACAAAGGGUGGUAGGCCAACUGAAAAAUGAGAGAAACUUUCACAUUUUUUAUCAGUUUACGAAGGGCGCUUCCGACAAUUAUAGACAAAUCUACGGUAUACAGCCCCCAGAGCAGUAUAUCUACACCUCAGCGUCUGGGUGUACAUCGGUGGAUACAAUUGACGACUUGAAAGACUUCAAAGACACGCUGAAAGCAAUGCAGGUGAUUGGAAUCACUCAGCAAGAACAGGACGAAGUCUUUCGAUUCUUGGCCGCAAUCUUGUGGAUAGGAAACAUUUCAUUUGUUGAAAAUGAAGAAGGUAACGCACAGGUGCGUGACACAUCUGUUACGGACUUUGUUGCCUACUUGUUACAAGUGGACGCUCAACUUCUGUGUCAGUCAUUAAUAGAAAGAGUGAUGGAAACCAACCACGGUAUGAGAAGAGGUUCCGUGUAUCACGUUCCUUUGAACAUCGUCCAGGCGACAGCUGUCAAAGACGCAUUAGCAAAGGCCAUUUACAAUAAUCUUUUUGACUGGGUUGUGGAUAGGGUUAAUUUGUCUCUACAAGCAUUUCCGGGAGCAGACAAAUCGAUCGGAAUUCUGGACAUUUACGGAUUUGAGAUUUUUGACUUCAAUUCCUUUGAGCAAAUCUGCAUUAACUACGUCAAUGAAAAAUUGCAACAGAUCUUUAUCCAAUUGACUCUAAAAUCCGAACAGGAAGAGUACGCAAGAGAACAAAUUGAAUGGACCCCAAUCAAAUACUUCGAUAACAGGGUGGUGUGCGAUUUGAUAGAGGCCAAGAGACCACCUGGUAUCAUCGCUGCAAUGAACGACUCUGUUGCCACAGCACAUGCAGACUCCAACGCAGCAGAUCAAGCUUUUGCUCAGCGGCUCAACCUUUUCAACAGCAACCCCCACUUCGAGCUUAGAUCAUCUAAAUUUAUUAUCAAACAUUAUGCUGGUGAUGUGACCUACGACAUUGCCGGGAUGACUGAUAAGAAUAAAGAUCAAUUACAAAAAGAUUUGGUAGAAUUAAUCCAGACCUCGUCCAACUCCUUUUUGACAUCCAUAUUCCCGGUUCUCGUGGAUCAGGGGUCAAAGAAAAGACCGCCUUCUGCGGGUGAUAAGAUCAUCAAAAGUGCCAACGAACUCGUUGACACAUUAUCGAAAGCUCAACCAUCCUACAUCAGAACCAUCAAACCCAACCAGACGAAGUCACCUAAUGGUUACGAUGAUGCACAAGUACUACAUCAAGUGAAGUACCUUGGUCUUCAGGAGAACGUGCGUAUCAGAAGAGCGGGUUUUGCAUACAGACAGACAUUUGAUAAGUUCGUCGAACGCUUCUAUCUACUUUCUCCGCAAUGUUCCUACGCGGGUGAUUACACUUGGCAGGGAAACACAUUAGAUGCCGUGAAACUCAUCUUGAGAGACGCAUCUAUUCCAACUUCGGAGUAUCAACUUGGGGUCAGUAAAGUCUUCAUCAAAACUCCCGAAUCGCUCUUCGCGCUAGAGAACAUGAGGGAUAAGUACUGGCACAACAUGGCAGCUAGAAUUCAAAGAGCUUGGCGCAGAUUUUUGCUGAGAAGAAUUGAUGCCGCAAGUAGAAUUCAGCGAGCUAUCCGAGAAAAGAAGGGUGGUAACGAGUUUGAAAAGCUGAGAGACUAUGGAACGAAGCUGUUGGCAAAUAGAAAGGAAAGAAGAGCCAUGUCUCUGUUAGGAUAUAGGGCAUUUAUGGGAGACUAUCUGUCGUGCAAUGAGCCUAAAUCCAAAGGCUCUUAUAUCAAACGGCAAGCCGGCAUUACCGACAAGGUGAUUUUUUCAAUAAAUGGAGAAUCGCUUCACUCGAAAUUCGGACGUUCCGCACUGAGACUGCAAAAAACGAUUAUACUGACUUUUUCGACACUUUACGUGAUUGGCCAGACUGCAGUUCAGAAUCAAAUCACAUAUACCGUUGAUAACAAAAUUGACGUCAAGCACAUCAAAUUUGUGAGUCUCACCAAUUUGCAAGAUGAUUGGAUCGGUAUCUUCGUCGCAAAUUCAACUCUGCCUGAUCCUUUGAUCAAUACAUAUUUCAAAACGGAGCUGAUAACUCAUCUUAAAAGGCUCAACAAUGGUAUCGAAGUUAAAGUCGGCCCUACUUUGGAAUAUCAAAAAAAACCAGGCAAAAUUCACAUUGUCAAGUGUCAGAUAAGUGAGUCUGCUCCAAAAUAUGGGGACAUGUACAAGUCGAGCACUAUAUCGGUCCGUCGAGGUAAUCCUGCGAACUCUAAGUCAAGGUCCAAGCCGAAGAAGGCCAAUAACGCAAAUGACUUUAGUUCGUAUUCGACGCCUCAACGUGCCUCCCAAGCAGCACCCCAGACACGCAUUCCAGCUCAACCGAGCGUUGUGAGGAAAGCUCCCGUCAAGCCGCCAGCACCUCAGGCUAGACAGAAAAAAGUUCCGCCAGCACCUCCAGCCAAAAAGCAGAUCCCCCCUGCUGCUAUGUCAAACGCUACAGCGAAGAUCGCUGCGUCGGCUGCACAGGCUGUUUAUCACCCACAAGCGACGGCGGAACGGGAUAUCCCAACCCAGGCAAAUCGCCAAGGAAGUGCAGAGGUUGCAAAAGCUGCGCAACCACGUCCGGAGGUUCAAAAGGUACCGGUAGUGGCUCAAAGCGAGCCCGCAAAGAAAGCGCACAUUCCACCUCCUCCUCCACCUCCACCUCCGCCCGCUGCAAAACCAUCGAUUCCCCAAUUUGUUGCUGCCUAUGACUUUGUCGGAACCGGCUCACCAUCGGAACUACCACUCAAACGCGGAGAUGUUGUUUACAUCUCGAGACAGGAGCCUAGCGGAUGGUCCUUGGCCAAGACUUUAGAUGGCUCUAAAGAAGGCUGGGUUCCAACUGCUUACAUGGCAGAGCACCAUGAAUCCACUCCAAUGGUCCCUGCGCAGCCGUUGAAUGCUUCGUCGUCGAACGCUACGAACGUGGGGAUCGUGGCAUCUGCUGCAGUGCUCGGUUCCAGUGCUGCGUCUGCCACGAUUUCGCCUGACUCAUCAACAAAUACCUCUGCUGACGCUUUGACAUCAGCUCUUGCAGCUCGUGCCAACAAAAUGCGCUUGGAAAGUGACGAGGAAGACAACCAAGCGUCUGAAGACGAUUGGUGA